CGCUGGUAUCGGACGUUGAAAUUGAAAAUGGUGUGGAAUACAGAGAAUGGAAUAAAAACGAAACCCUAACAAAAAAUCGGAUCCAUAUCCGUCUCUCACCCUCUCUCACCCCCUUCUUCUAUCUCACCGGAAGGAAGCUCCGUCCCUCCGUUUCGCACCGCUAUCGGAACUCGAAAUUGAUAUAGGUUCCCGAUCAUAUUCAUCGGCGGAGGACGACUAUCGACGGUCGUUCUCGUGCUUCGUCCGUUUCGAUCGAUCCGAUUGAAACCUGCUUUUCCCCCCUUCUCGGCCGGCUCCGUUGUCUUCCUCUCUCACGCCGCUGCCGUCUCCCGCUCUUCUUGCUCGAAGCUCGGCUCUCUCCUUAUCUCUUCCAGCUCAACUUCCUUCCCUUUCUCUCUGUAUCUGGAGUCGUUGACUUGGGAGUUGUAGCGCCCCAGCUGCCGCUGCUCCAUCCAGAGGAAACUCCCGCACUUAACUCCAUCCCCACCGCCGCCUUCCUGUUCCUAAGCGUUCUCCUCGGUUUCCAGUCUUCCCGUUAGAGGACUGCUCCUGUGUGUCUUGACAUUUACUGCUGAGGAGGUUGGAGUGCAUCUGGUCGCAAUACCUUGAGGAGAAUAGAACGUGGAAGUGUUGUACUUGCAUGGUUAGAAAAUGGAACCGGCUGUUUUGGAUGAUAUUAUUCGGCGGCUUUUAGAGGUUCGCGGUAGACCUGGGAAGCAGGUCCAGUUAUCGGAGGCAGAAAUCAGGCAACUGUGCGGGGCUUCUCGAGAGAUCUUCUUGCAACAACCCAAUUUGUUAGAGCUUGAAGCACCCAUCAAGAUUUGUGGUGAUAUUCAUGGUCAAUAUUCUGAUCUUCUAAGGCUGUUUGAAUAUGGCGGAUUACCUCCACAUGCAAACUACUUGUUUUUGGGAGAUUAUGUUGAUCGAGGCAAGCAAAGUCUGGAGACAAUAUGUCUUCUACUUGCGUACAAGAUAAAGUAUCCAGAGAACUUCUUUCUGUUGAGGGGAAACCACGAAUGUGCUUCUAUUAACCGUAUAUAUGGUUUCUUCGACGAGUGCAAAAGGAGGUUUAAUGUUAGACUGUGGAAGACUUUCACAGAUUGCUUUAACUGUCUACCGGUGGCUGCUCUAAUUGAUGAGAAAAUUCUCUGCAUGCAUGGUGGUCUUUCUCCAGAUUUGCAUAAUUUGGAUCAAAUCAGAAACUUAGCUCGGCCUACUGAUGUACCAGACACAGGUUUGCUCUGUGAUCUGCUUUGGUCUGAUCCUAGCAAAGAUGUUCAAGGUUGGGGAAUGAACGACAGGGGUGUUUCGUUUACUUUUGGUGCUGAUAAGGUGGCAGAGUUCCUUCAGAAGCAUGAUUUGGAUUUGAUCUGUCGUGCUCAUCAGGUUGUGGAGGAUGGAUACGAGUUCUUUGCCAAUAGACAGCUUCUAACCAUAUUUUCUGCACCUAAUUACUGUGGAGAGUUUGAUAAUGCUGGUGCAAUGAUGAGUGUCGAUGAGACGCUUAUGUGCUCAUUCCAAAUAUUAAAACCUGCCGAUAAGAAGUCAAAGUUUAACUUUGGGCAUGCAACUCCUGCAAAGCCUGGAAAUGCUUCGGGAGGAGUUAAUGUUUUUGGAAGCACAACAACAGCUAAGCCUGGUAAUACACCAGCUGGGGUUAAGGUAAAUGCUCGUACUGUUAUUCUUUCCAUUCUAUAUGUUUUCCUUCCUAGGCACCAAAGUAUGAUGAUAAUAGCCUUAAUCUACCGUGGGUGAUGGGCUUUAGAUGAAUGUUUAAGAAUGUCCCGCGCUGCUUUUUUCCCCUAUGAAGUCCAAGACUGCAAGCGAACUCGAAAGUUGAGGGGUUUUUCAGUUCACUAUUGAAGGAGGAGAAGGUGGAAUUGGAAAAGGGGGAGCAAGGAACUAGAUGAUCGGCCAUGUAAGAAAGUUUGAAGAGGGAAGGCUGUAAACUCGUAGUAGCUCUUGGCGUUUGGAUGAUAUGGUAAAACUAAAUGUCACUCUUAUAGGCCAGUGAAGCAACGUUGGAAUUGUUUGAUUGCUUCCUCCUGAUUUUACCUGUUUGAAUUCCUCGACCAGACUUUGUUAAACCAUAUUUUGCUUCCAAGCUCAUCCAUCUUACCGGGGUAUUAGAGGUUUCAUAGAAUUCACUUGCAUUGCAUCGCAUCUAUGCCUCUUCAUUUUUCGUUUUAUGCUUCUUAAUGUUUGAAACUCCCAGCUUGAGAAGGAGAAAGUGAAGUCUAUGGACACUUAGUGCCUUGGUAAAGAGAUAUACAAGUUAAAGUUCAG